CGACGAAGCAAGCUCCAUCUCCACAGGGUGAUCGUUUGGGUCCGCGCAGUACACGCAAGGAGAAUGCUCCACGGGCAGCUCAUGUGGAGCCAGAAGAGAGUCCCAUCCCUGGUUUAACGGCACAACAAUUCGCCCAGCUCAAACAAUUCCUUGCUUCACCUACGGAUGUGUCCAAGGAACCCACAACACACAUGUCUGGUAAUACUUCUGAUCUUUAUGAGUGGUUGAUUGAUUCAGGAUGUAACGAACACAUAGUUCGUGAUGUUAGUUGGUUGGAUUCUGUUGAUCAGUCAUCUCUGCAUUCUUCGGUGCGCAUUCUGAAUGGUACACGGGUACCCAUUCGAGGCACUGGAACAGUUAACUUAUCAUCCCAUCUUACCCUUCAUGGAGUUCUUCAUGUCCCAGAAUUUCAUUGCAACCUAUUAUCCGUAAGCAGGCUAACAAAUGAUCACAAUGUGGCCCUGACUUUCUUACGUUCUGCGUCCUCCAGGACUUACACUCCAAGACGCUGAUUGGGAUGGGUGAAAUGCAUGAUGGAUUGUACUACUUGCGGCAGUUCCCAAGAAAACCAAGUAUUCCAAAGGCGAACCCACAAGCAUGUCGAGUUGCACGCACAGAGAACUCUUCGGGUCUAUGACAUGCACGACUGGGGCACCCUUAUGCUGAGAAAUUUUCUUUGUUAAAGGAUUCACUUUCUUUUAUUGCUGGUGUACAACAUGGUUUUUCUUGUGAUGCUUGCCUUCGUGCUAAACAAAUACGAACCCCCUUUUCCCACUAGUUCAAUAAAGAGUCGACGUUGUUUUGAUCUUGUUCAUGUGGAUAUCUGGGGAGGGUAUAGGACAGCAGCCCUCGAUGGUUCUCGAUACUUCUUGAACAUCGUCGAUGACUACAGUCGGGCCACCUGGGUUUAUCUAAUGAAGUAUAAGUCUGACGUUGAACGUUAUAUUCGCCUGUUCUGCGAAUUCACACGUGCUCAGCUUGGUCUUCCUGUGCGUCAGUUUCAAGCCGACAACGGCGCUGAGUUUCAAACUCUUACUCUUCGCACUUAUUAUGAAGAGCAUGGGACUGUCUUGCAAACGUCCUGCACUGAUACUCCACAACAAAAUGGAGUGGUUGAACGCAAGCAUCAGCAUCUUCUUGACACGACUCGUGCACUCAUGUUUCAUGCAGGCCUACCUGUUCACUUUUGGGGAGAUUGUGUUCUUGCUGCUACGUAUUUAAUCAACCAGCUGCCUGCUGCCCCUCUCGCCGGUAAAACACCUUUUGAGCUCCUUCUCGGAAAGACGCCCUCGUAUGAUCACUUACGAUGUUUUGGCUGCCUUGUCUAUGCAAAAGACACUCAUCAGGGGUUGGACAAGUUUGCCGCAAGGGGGAGAGCAUGUAUCUUUCUUGGAUAUCUGGCUACACAAAAGGGUUACAGGGUAUAUGAUUUGAACUCUCACAAGAUCAUUGUUUCCCGUGACGUGCAUUUCCUAGAACUUGUGUUUCCAUACAAGAAAGCCUCCUCCAUAAAUAAUCCUCGUGAGCAGCCAAAUUUGGGAGGUUUGGACGUAAUGCAUGGUGUUCAUGGGUCUCCUCCUUCUUGUUCUCACGAAGAGUACCCUUCCCAUGUACCUCCUGCUUCUUCUUCUCCGCUACGACACGAUGAUCAUGAAUCUCCUUUUGAGCUUGAGGAUGAGCUGGAAUCGUCCAUGGAAGUGACUUCGCCGUCGUCCUCGCCUGGUCCGGUCACCGUGCCGCCAUCCACGACUGAAUCAGUCACCUCACCGGCUGCAGGCCCAGCUCCUCCCGCUCCAGUUGAACCACGAUGAGGGCUGCGCACUCGUCAGCUGUCUUGCAAGCUCGAUGGGUAUGAUGUAACUCUUCUUCCUUCGCUUGCUCAUCAUCAUUCUGAUAAUAAUGAUAAUGCUACUCC